AGUAAAAAAAUGGAUGUUUAUUUAAAGAUUUCUUUACAUUUCUUUUUGUUUUAAUUCAGAUUUUAUAAUAUUUCAAAGAGCAAAACUCCUAGUAGCCUAUGCAUGUUUAUUUUUGCACUCUUUCACUGUAUUAGAAAUGAAAAGAGUGAUAGUAUAAAUGAUGUGUGUUAUCCCUACUGUGUUCAGGGAUUUACUUUAAGAUGUAUAAUAGAGAAGAUGUGUGUUAAUGAGUCGGGUGGUAAUGAGUGGGCUGGACGUUCAUGUGACUGGAGGGGGAAACGUGCAAAACAAAUAUAUUUUCUUCAGUAUCUCUAUGACAGACAAGCCAAAUAUUUAAGGAACACCAACAAGUAAGACGAUGAAUAUAGACACGUUGCCGAAAGACUAUAAUUUCAGCUAUGAUUAUAAUAACUACUCGGAUUAUGUGGAUUACACUUUGAUUAAAUUAGAGAAAGAGGAUUUUUCACUGGCGAUGAUCAGCGCCGUUUGCUACAGUCUCAUCAUCUGCAUCAGUCUACCAGGAAACAGCUUUUUACUUUGGGUGGUCUUGAAGAAGGUGGGUUUGAGCAGCUCUGCGGACUGCUUGCUCCUUCAUCUCACAGCGUCCGACCUCAUCUUCACCUUCACGUUGGUGCCCUGGACCGUGAACCACAUCUGGGGCUGGAUCUUUGGGGAUCUGGCCUGCAGGCUGUUCGGAGGGUGCAUCUUCUUGGGCCUUUACAGUUACAUGAUGUUCCUCACAAUCAUGACCGUCCAUCGAUACGUGGCGGUCGUACAUCCGGUGUUCGCGUCAUCUGUCGGCAACAGCAGACUGUACACACACGCCUCGUCUGCUGCAGUGUGGUUGAUUUCGGUGGGGUUCAGCCUGCCUGAAAUGAUCUUCUCUGAGACUGUGGAAAAUCAUGGUGAAGUGUUCUGCUUUCCCAAAUACAACUCAAUGUUUAUGGAGUUGUUUGGAUAUUUCGCGCAGAUUAUUCUCUUUUUCCUGCUGCCAUUCCUGGUUAUUGCGUUCUGCUACACCCGGAUGGGUUUUAGCAUCCAUCGGAGCCGCAUCAGAAGCAGAAACCAUGCUUUAUGCAUCAUCUUAAGCAUCGCAGUGGGAUUCUUCUUCUGCUGGGCGCCGUACAACAUCUUCCUCUUCCUCGUCGCCUUGAGGUCUUUAGGCGUCGAUGUAUUCAGGCAGGCGGAGUGGGGAAACGCUUUGGAGAACAUCUACAGUAUCACUCAUAUUUUAGCGUAUUCCCACUGCUGUCUGAACCCGCUCGUCCACAUCUUUGGAGGGAAGAAGUUCAGGAGAUACCUGCCAUGGGCCGGAGGCUUCCGUCGGUUUUCGCAGAGGUUCAGCACUCAAACCUUCAGCAAUCAGAGCAGCUUCUCAGGGCCGUUUCAUCUCUGAUCAUGUCAAGGGUCAAGUGUGUCAUGAUAUCAUAAAGUGUGUUUGGCUUCAUAGCGAUGUGCAGACCCAUCAUGAUCUGCCUUGAAGCAGUGCAUGCCUGUUCGAAAUUUUGUCCGACUUGAGACUGCGUCGAGCCGGAUCCAGAUCUGAUGAAGGACCUGAGCCUAGACACGACGACAACGCAAUCCUUAAGUAUCAACUAGGCUAUAGUCUCUCCACUGUGAAGGCCCCCUUCUCCUUCCCUUUACCUCUAAAACGCUGUCCCAUUUUCAUGGAAGCGAUAAAUAUUUCUGUAGGCUAUUGUACAUUUUAAGGCCAGACAAGUAAUUUGCUGAGGACUCUAAAAAAAUGCUGGAUGUUUUAACCCAAAAUUGGGUCAAAUAUGGACAAACCC